UUGAGGGAGGGAGAGUACAUGCAGCCAAAAAAAAAAAAAAUAUUGAAUUAAAAUUAAGAAAUUUGAUUUCAUAUUUGAAAAGAGAAAAUAUUGGAAGUGCAAAAAAUAUUUUUAACAUUUAUCCCAAACUAAUAUAAAUUGCAAAUUAGUAUACCAGUGAGGCACAUAAAAAUCAAGACAUAUCGGAAGUUGUGGAACUUGGUUAGAGUUUGGAGUCCAAGAAAAAGAAGCAAAACUAUUCUAUGGAUGAAGCUGGUGCUACCUUUUUGAGUUACUUCAUCUCGUUCUCCUUAGCCUUCCUUGUUUUGACUCUACUUUUCAAGUCCCUUGGCACUUUAAGAACCAAAAAUGGCAGUGUUCGACCUCCACCAACUCCACCGUCACUUCCCAUCAUCGGCCAUCUCCACCUCGUGGGUUCUGUCGUACCAAAAUCAUUCCAAGUUCUGGCUCGUCAAUAUGGCCCUCUCAUUCAGCUCCAUUUAGGUGCCUCAACAUGUGUAGUUGUCUCCAACGCCCAAGUCGCCAAAGAAGUGAUGAAAACUCAUGACCUCAAUUUCUGCAACCGACCCCAGUUUGGAUCCGCAAACAACUUCUUAUACAAAGGUUCUAGUUUCGUCACUGUCCCAUAUGGCCCUUAUUGGCGCUUCAUCAAGAAGCUUUGCGUUACUCAACUUCUCUCCACCACGCAGCUUGGGCGCUUCCGGCACAUCCGAGAGCAGGAGAUACAUAAGCUCUUGAAAUCUCUUGCUGAGUGUUCCUCCGAAGGAAGGGACACGGAUUUGAGCCGUGAACUCACUGGUUUGACCAACAACAUCCUGUGUCGGAUGGCCAUGAGUACUACCUGUUUGGACAACGUUGAUGCCGAGGAUAUUCUUGGCCUGGUGAGGGAGUUCAUGCACUUGGGAGCUAAGUUGAGCAUGGGUGAAGUGUUGGGACCGUUGGGAAAGUUUGACUUGUUUGGGUAUGGGAAGAAGCUUGCUAGAGUAGUUGGCAAAUUCGAUCGGGUUUUGGAGCGCAUCUUAGAGGAACACGAAGUGGAAAACUCUGAAAGAGGAGACAUGAUGGAUAUUCUACUGCGAGUCCACAAAGACCCGAAUGCUGAAAUGAGGUUAAAAAGGAAUGAUAUCAAGGCCUUCUUCCUAGAUAUUUUCCUAGCGGGAACAGACACGUCUUCAACAGCGUCCCAAUGGGCCAUGGCAGAAAUCAUGAACAACCCAGGAGUGUUGAGGAAGGUGAGGGCAGAGAUUGAUGCAGUGGUGGGUUCUAGCAGGUUGGUCACUGAAUCAGACCUUCCAGAUCUUCGUUAUCUCCAAGCUGUUGUGAAGGAAGUUCUAAGACUCCACCCAACAGCACCGUUUGCUCUUAGACAAUCAGCAGAGGACUGCACCAUCAAUGGGUAUGGUAUAAAGGGCCAGACACGGACACUGAUCAAUGUGUACGCCAUCAUGCGGGACCCAGAAGCGUGGGUCAACCCAGAGGAGUUUAUACCAGAAAGGUUCUUGGAAGACAGUGAUGGGAUGAAGGGUGGAGCUGAAGGCAUAACUACAAUGAACGGUGGUGAUUUCAGGUACCUUCCAUUUGGGUCUGGGAGGAGGGGUUGCCCUGGAUCUUCCCUUGCCUUAACUGUCAUACAAGUGACAGUUGCAUCGCUGAUCCAAUGUUUUGAAUGGAAGACGAAAGGGGGAGAAAGGGUUUGUUUAGAAGAAGGUUCAUCAUUUUCUACAGGAUUGGCAAAGCCACUUGUUUGUUAUCCUGUUACUCGUUUCACUCCUUUUUAAUUCUACACCAUCAUGUUGCUUUUGGGU